AUGGUCCUCUCGUUGUCGUUCACCAGGUUUGUGCCGGAAAGGAACUCUCGGGUCAAGAUUGUUUCCGAGAAUACGGCAACUGGCGACCUACUGACGCAGGUCGUCGAAAUUCUCUUGGAAAACGGCAUCCACAUCGACAUCCUGCACGUAAAGGUCAAGUCCGAUGUGGCCGUGAUGAUGGGCAAACACCUGUUUGGCGCAAGAAACUUCACGCCGUUUACGCCGCUGUGCGCCGGCAUGCUCGACGAUUACAAGGCAUUGGCCAAGACAUUU